AUGUCGUCAUCUAGGAACUUUGAUCUGGAGUACGACGAUUACAAAGAACGACGGAAUGCUGCUGGAAUGGGAAGUCGUGCGAGCUCGAGGAAUGGUGGAAGAUUCAAGCCAAUAGACAAAGAAAAAGAAAAAGAGAAGAAAGAGAUUGGAGAUUAUGGAUUACCCAAAAAUGAGUAUAAAAUGCAAGGCUACGACGAACGGAGCUCAGAUGUUGGAGCCGAUCCAUUGGCAUCAGUCCGAACUCUCCGUAACAAUCUCCGAGUCAUGUCCCUUGAGCAUCGUGACAAGGACGAACCUGUCAAAUCACAUUUGUGCCAAUCAGCUUGUGAUGAUCUAUCAAAAGCCGAGAAACAACUUGUCGAUUUGAGUCACAAGAGAAGCGACGCAGUUGUCAGAGGAGACUCACGGCAGGCUGAACAGAUAGCAAAGGAUAUGGAUAGAGUGAAGUCUGAUGCAAUCAGAAAUGCAUAUUCAGAUUUAAUGAUGGAAGAUGGAACUAUGAAAGCAUUUGGAGUCAAUUCAAAAUGGACACCUGAUAAGAAUCCAAUGCCAUCAGAUGAUUGGAAGCCAAUGACACCUAUGAAACCUAGGAAAAGAGCUGAAACACCAAAAGGAAGAAAAACUGAAAGUAGGCAAAGUAACAGAGGAAAUAAUGAUAAUGGAGAUCAAAGAAUGACGUCAAAGGCAACCACAAGAUCCCCAGAACGGAGAGUUAUUCCAACGGAACCAUCAAAACCAAAAACAACUAGAAAAAAUCAGCGCCUUUCAACUAUCGGACACGUUCCAGAGGCAAUUCCAGUAGUCGAUACUCCGUUGCCAGGAGGAUCCACAGUUCAGGAUGAUCCAUAUAAAAUGCCAACAUAUGUGGGAAGAUGCCCACAUUGUCAAUUAACAGAGUCAGGUCUUGGUAGAGCAGGUGGAAUGGAAAAACACUUUGCUAAAUAUUGCAAAGUUAUGACAAGUUGCAAGUAUUGUAUGAAGUUGACAAUGGUAUCUCAACUCACUGAUCACUUAAUAUAUCGUUGUGAAUUUCUCCAAGACACGAUGGAAGCUUGUAAUGACUGUGGAUUAGCAAUUGAGAAAGAAGAUCAAAAACGUGGAGGAAGUCAUCCAAUGUGUCGUGGAAGACGUCCCCCGACAGGAGCACAAUGGUGUCCUUUGUGCACAAUUGCAGUGGAGGAUAAUGAAGAGAAUUGGAGAGAACAUUUAUUAAAUAAUUGUUAUAAUAAUCAACGGAGAGAUGGUCCAGAAAAAGAUCCAUGGGAGAUGAAACAAGAGCAAGAAGAUAUUUUACUUGGAGCAAAAGAAAAGAAGAAGCGUGAAAUGGAGGAAGAAGAGCGACUGAAAAAAGAAGCGGAAAUAAGACGGCAACAGCAACAAGUUGUUGUGAAUAAUACAGGAUAUCCUGGAAAAAUGAUCGACGCCGAUAAGUUGGUGGUGGCUCUUCAAGAGAUUCAAGAACGCAAGAAAGCAGAGAAAAAGAAGAAAUUGAAGGAUAUUGAGAAGGAGACUUGA